AUGUUGUUCGUUGGAUUAAACUGUCCGCUAUCUCCUGUCGUGUAUAGUCGCCUAGUAGUCCCGGUUCAAUUUAUCCGAAACUUUUAUCCCGAUAUCCGGCUUAUAUUAGAUAAUCCAAUGGAACGCAGAUUUAUAUUAAUUUUAAUUAGUUUAAGUUACAUUGAGUGCUACGGUCAAAGUAGUUAUUAUUUUGAGAAUCAUAAAUACUGUGAUGACUUAUCUCCUUAUGUCGGUGAAAUUGAUUUAGAUCAGAUAUCCGGCGUUUGGUACGGUGUUGAAAAGAUACCUCACACGAAAGGAGAGUAUAAAAUUGAACAUACAAGGGAGUGUUUCCAUAUUGAUAUAAGAGAAGUAAACACCGAGCCGACUCCGCCGACGUCUUACCUACCAACUACGAAUUCUCCAUAUGUUAAUCGUGCUUAUGGUCUUCCUGAGCAGUAUCGGAUACGGCAUUUUAUCCUCGAAUGGAACGAAGGACUUUGGAGGGAAGAGUACCACAUCAAGGUGAAUACAUCGCAUAAAGGAUUCUGGCCGACGGACGUGCCUAACGGAUCUGUCGAAAAAAUGUAUCGUUUCUUCGGGGGUGUAAUCCAGGUGUUGAAGGUAGCCAAGAAUCAUUUGGUGCUGAAUUUUUGUAUGAGAUUACCCCAUUCGCAGCUGUACAGCGUCGUUCUUGCUAGGAAUGAAAAUCAGCUAUCUCCUGAGGAACUAGCGAAUAUUCAUAACAUAUUCACCAUGAAACGCUUAUCCACUUCCGCUCUGAAGCGUGUUUUUCAAGGUUUAUGUGGUGAGAGUAUACGUUGGUCGCACCAUUUUAAUGUCGACGAUGUUUUUGGACUGUGGUAUGGUGUAGGCUAUGCGCAGCACACGCCUGAUAUGACCAACAAGCCCAAUGAAAUUGGUUGCGUAUCUCUUUAUAUCUCUGAUGUUACUUAUGAGUACCAGGUCCGAGAUGAUUGGCUUAACUGGGCUAUUCCACGAAAAAACUAUACGGAUCAGAAAUGGAGAUCUUAUAAAAGCAAUCCUCGGUCAGACGAUGCUAUUUCAGGGUCGUGGCUGGAUAUAAGGUUGAGACGGGAGAUUAAAAGGAAUAUCAAUGAGGAAAGGCGUAUAAGGGUAAUGUGGGAUGAAGACGGACAGUCCAUGGAGCAGACAUAUAUUUACUCUGCAGAAGAUCCCGGUCUAUGGAUUGCGGAAAAAUUGCGGCCUUGGGAAAGAGAGAUGCGUUCUAGAGGCAUAGAUGUUUGGUAUCCAGAGGAUUUACCUCGACAUCCUGAGGUCAUUCGAGUACUAAAGGCUAAUCCACAGAUGCUGUUGAUAAAUCACUGCUCAGAAACAGGAGAUGGUGGGAUUUUUACUUUAAUUCUUAGAAGAUCAAUAACGAGACUACAAAGAUGGGAAUGGUAUAAAUUCCAGCAAGAAUUCUAUAAUUAUGACCUUCCUAAAUUAUACCGCCAGGCCACCCCAGGGUACACUUCCCCGAAGUAUGGAAGCGGUUAUGGACAAGGGUACACGUCGUACGAGGCACCGUUUAUGAACAAUAUGAGGGAUUACUGCGUUAAUAGGUCACCGCAGACUGGGAUUUGGGUGGACAGUUUAACUGGAAUAUGGUAUGGCGUGGAGUACAUUCAACAUCUAGCUGGGGAUUCAAGAGUAGAUUAUGUCAGAACGUGCAUCGUUAUUCACAUUUCGGAGCCACACGAUCGGGCCGGUGCAAUUGAAGUUUCCAAUUCUACCAACCACAAUAUCACUGUCACUUGUGAGCGAGAACACGAAUAUGAUGAUCUUGACACCAGGAUGGUUAUGGGGAAAUGGAAAGUGGCCGAACUCUAUAUGCAUUUAAGCAAGGAGGGAGUUAAUACAUAUAAAAGCUGUCCUCUCAUUACCAUAUGGGAAACUGAUGACUUCCCUAGGUCUACAUUUGGGCCAUCUACAGAGAAUCAGCUAUUUCACGUUCAACACAUUAACGCGAAGUUUAGGCAGGAGUUCAGACAUUUGCGGCUACUGUGGGACGAAGCCGGCAAGACCAUCGAGUACUCGUUAUAUUUCCGAAAUGAUUCCGCUGGCUACUGGCAGGCUCUCGAUGGACAAAAUGGAACGCUAACAAAUCGUCCAAGCUAUCAGCAGUUCACCGGCACGGUUCAAGUUCUAAAAGCUGUUAACGACCAUUUGCUUUUAAAUUUCUGUCAAGAAGGCACGGCUACGACACCAGCUCAGCUUUAUUCUGUACUAUUUUCCCGCGAUCCUGGCACUAUGCCGCGUUGGGAAGUUGAUUCGGUUCACACUUUAUUGCAGAAUAAGAAACUUUCUGUAGCGUCACGGAGAAUGGUGUGCGGAAAUGGCGCGGAUAGGCCGUACAGUAUGAUAUUCUCCGUCUUAUCAUGUGUGUUGGCCUAUGCUUUAAAUUUAUCUUGA